UACAACAUCACAGCAGGCACAGGCAAAAGCGGGUGGGAGAUGCUGUGUCGCCAUUGCCCGUAUAUACAAAGGAAAUUCCGUCACAAGCUCGGAUGCACCCCCGAGGCAGCUUACAUUAAAAGCGUUUCGAUCGACCGCGGGGCAAGGACUUUUGUGGCGCAUUGUUAAAAGCAUAUUUGAACAAAUUGGCGGGACAACGCACUCACAAAAAGAACUCAAACAUCAACCGACUGCAGUAACCCAUAAUCAAACGAAAGGAAUCAGGACAAUCGGCCCAGUGAUGUGGAAGUGUUCGCACAAGUAGUGGCGCAUAUGCGUUUUUUCGAAUGAACCAGAAAAGCCUUCAUGUGAGUGCAGCAGUGUAUGAGUGUAAUUGUUAAUUGGUGCUAGGUGUGAGAUCGGUUGUGACGAAAGGUGGCGGUGUGUGUGGCAGUGAAAACUGUACGUGAAAUUGUGAAAACUACCUCCCCACGCACUUGCGCUGGUGGUACGCACACGGGUAGUUGAACGAGCAAAAAUUGGCUACCGGAGAGAGAGAGAUCAUUGUUGCACUACAGUACAUUGUUGGCGAGAGUGGCUGGAUAUAGGGCUGGCAGGCGCCGGCACAGCUUCACCCGCCAGCGCAACGUCAACGAACCGUGAAGCACCGAGCACAUCAUCGUGGAGAGAUUCGGUCGUGAUUGGUGCCGCACAUAAGAACGAACAACAGGCGCACAAGCAGGUUUGCGUGUGCACGCAGCAGCAGUAGCAGCACCGAGCGCCACGAUGAGUACGGAACAUCCGGCAGCGAGUGAGCUGCUGGCCAAUGCUACCGCUGCCACGGUCGCCGCCGUCAGCGGCAGCACGGCCAAGGCGAACAUUGCCGUGCGCGUCACGGAGGCGGCCCCGGCGGCGGCGCUCGCGAUCGAUCCGAUCAUCAACCACGUCGGGGACGGCAUCUUCCUGCAGGCCAAGACGGCCCAGAUCUUUGCAGGGAUUUGCGUCUGGAUGGCACUGUUCAUCACUUGCCAGCAGAUCUAUCAGCACCUGCGGUGGUACACGAACCCACAGGAACAGCGAUGGAUCGUCCGAAUACUGUUCAUCGUGCCGAUCUAUGCCACGUACUCCUGGGUCAGCUUACUGUUCUUCAACUCGGAAAGCGUUUACGUAUACUUCUUUACCGUGCGCGAUUGCUACGAAGCGUUCGUAAUCUACAACUUCCUUUCGCUGUGUUACGAGUACCUGGGCGGCGAGGGCAACAUUAUGUCGGAGAUCCGCGGCAAGCCGAUCAAAUCGUCCUGCCUGUACGGUACGUGCUGCCUGGCGGGCAAAACCUACACGAUCGGAUUCCUGCGCUUCUGCAAGCAGGCGACGCUGCAGUUCUGCCUGGUCAAGCCACUGAUGGCGUUCAUCAUCAUCUUCCUGCAGGCGUUCAACCACUACCACGAUGGCGAUUGGAGUGCUGAUGGAGGCUACAUUUACAUCACCGUCAUCUACAACAUCUCGGUCUCGCUGGCCCUGUACGGGCUGUAUCUGUUCUACUUCGCCACCCGCGACCUGCUGACGCCCUUCGAUCCCGUGCUGAAGUUCUGCACCGUCAAAUCCGUUAUCUUCCUGUCCUUCUGGCAAGGCGUGGGACUGGCCAUUCUGGAAAAGGCGGAGGUCAUUUCGCCGAUCGUCGAUGCGGGUGGUUCGACCACGUCCGCCGGUACGGUGUCCGCCGGCUAUCAGAACUUUUUCAUCUGCAUCGAAAUGCUGUUCGCGGCCAUCGCGCUGCGGUACGCUUUCCCGUACCAGGUGUACGCCCAAAGCUGCAUGACCGAUGCGCACGGUCGAUCCGUCACGAUGCAAUCAAUUUCAAGCAGUUUAAAGGAAACUAUGAACCCGAAAGAUAUUAUGACCGACGCGAUACACAACUUCCACCCGCAGUAUCAACAGUACACUCAGUACAGCUCAGGCGGUAAAAACCCGCGCGGUAUUCGUGUGUCCUCGUACGAUCCGGACGAUCCGAGCCAUCAGCUGACGGGACACGGUCAGCAGGGACACGGUGUCGGUAGCGGUGCAACGACCGGCUCGUACAAUGGCAAUGGUGCCAGCGGCAACGGUAGCGGUGGACACGGUGGAAGCUACAUUGCCCCACCGACGCUUGGCAGCCAGCGGAAAUUUAUGCCCGGUGCGAGUGUCGUGCCCCAGAAGGUGUCAACCAUCAGUCAGAAUUACAAUGAGAAAACGAUGCUACUGUCCAGCGAUGACGAGUAUCAGUAAGCCUGGACCACCAUACUAGCACCAAUGCUGAGCAGGGAUAUGAGGGUGUUUCAUGGUGGCAAACCACCGUUGUAGUGCUCUUGUUCGAUUAAUUUCCCUCCUCCUUCCAGGGUGAGAGGAGCACAGGAGAGCUCGUUUCGGUGUUCGGUGCGCGCCUCUUGGUAGUGUCGUUGUACGUGUGUGUGUGUGCACGCCAACAUAGGGAGCGAGCGCAUGUUCUUUUUUGUAACAUUAUCGUUAGUGUAACAUACACCUGUAUUCGUUGCAUGUCUGCAGAUCUAAAUGGCACAUGUAUCGGUUUUAAUUUUAAAUGUAAUGGCAUUUCUCCUUCACCUCUGUAAAUGAGAUGAGCAAGAAGAAAAAAAAACGGUGACGGGUUUGUAGGCAAAAACUGAGCAAAUCAAUUCACGCUUAGCAAACACCCCACUGCGUGUGCAUUCAAAUCAAAAUUCAAGAAGCAUAGAACUAAUCUGCGUACCUAGCACACACCAUACAUAACUGCUCCAUCACAACCAAUACUGAACAAAACGCAGGCAGCAAUUGUAGUAGUGGGAACAGUAAAACCAAGUAAAACAAUCUCUUAAGCAGAGGAAAUGGCAAGAUAAUGGGUAAAAGCAGUACAGCACAGAAGUCGAAAGGAAACCGAAAUACAGUACAAGAAUCCUGCCAUUUUUGUGACACUACAGAACACAAACUACAGACACACCACCCAAACAACCUGCACUUUACCCAGUAAAGGGAAGAGUAACGUGUAAAGGGAGUGCUAUUCUCCUCCCCGGUUCUCUAAACGAUUCCGUCAAAGUGGCAUCAAUACUGAAAUCUACUGUUCUAUACUUCUAUAGCGGAAAGCGGAAGCCAAAUUCGUAGCGGAAAUGUCAAUAAUUCUUAAAGAGUGUGUGUGUUUUUCAUUUAAACAAAUCAUACGGAAUUAAUGGUUCUCAACGAUAGAGAGAGAGAGAGAGAUAGUAGGCAAAUGCGCGUGGCAACGAUGGAGGGAAUGAUCCGCAAAGCUUUAAGUGAAGGAAACCAUUCAUCAUACAUCAGCCCCAUCCAUCCAUUCGUGCAGCAUGCUAAUCAGGCCAAAACUUUGCGAUCUAAUCGAUGUUUAUGUGGUUUAACUCCCGCUGGCCCUCUGGCGCAGACAGUAGCGAGGCGCAGGGUUGCGUGCUAGCUGUCAGCACUAGCCUCUUAAGAAUAUCCUGCAACUGCUCGCAACUGCUGCAGCAGCAUGGGCAAUAUUGUUGUUAACAUAUACAAAGGAAAGAAGAACAAACAAAAUAAACACACGUGUAGUGGAAAAUACAAAAAAAACUGGAUGCUUUUCCAGUUCAUGAGCGAAUGAGCAAAAGAGAAUUAAAUGCAACGCAGAGGAACGGAUAAAUACUUUUAAAAGAGCCACAACAACCAUAAAACAAAAACUAACUGAAUGGGGAAAAAUGUACUGGUGUAGAGAAAAAAGCGGGGCGGUCUAGUUAGUGUGCUUUAUAAUAUAUAUAUAUAUACAUUAUAUAUAGUAUGCCAAAACAAGAAGGGAGUUAUGGGAAGUAGAACAAAAGAGAUGAUAAAAACAAACUACACAAAACACACAAGCUGUUUCGCCGUCAAUAUGCAAAAUCUGCAAAUGAUUAAACAUAGAACAGGAAAGACACAGAGAGAAAGAUAGUUAGAAGUGGUUAGAUGGGCUUGAACUAUUUCUGAAUUCGUUCAAAAAAUCUAGUUCAACUUCCCAAUCGGUGAUGCAAGGCAAGGAAGAAAAGUUAAAAAGCAUUUAAUUCUGUGCUUGUAAGCAGUGUGUAGCAAGCACACCGUGAUGAUAACAUAGGAAGUGGUGGGACAGUUGUAACGGGGAGCAAAAGGUAUGUAAAACGGGAACGCGGGGAGUGGUGAAGUGGCCCGUAAGGAACGAACCUGUGUUUGUGUGUAGGUACGUAUGGAUCGUAUGGAAAGCGAUUCACACUCUAUAUAUAUACAUGUAUUCUUCAUUAAACACAAACAAAAGAGAAAAAGCAAAGAAAGCAAAACAAAGCUAUAUCCAUAUACCAGCGCAUGGGAGAUGAUGGGAAAACUGGGAAAUGCAUUACAAAAAGACACACACCCACACACACGUUUAUAAAUCAGUGCUGGUGGUGAGGGACAAGCUGCAGUACGCUCCCGAUUUAAAAUAAAACGGCCUGAGAUGUGGACAGGUGGUGGUCACACGGCACACACGGCAGCACGACCCAAGGCUUUGGCUAGGUCAGAUAUAAAAACGAAGAGUAAUAAAACAAACAAACUGAAGAUGAACAUUUAUUGAAAGUGAAA